CUUUGAAGUGCGAAACUAAGAAAACAAUUCCGUUGCCACAGUCAACAGAGCGCCAAGAUGCCUCCCAAGAAAAAAGGGAAAGGGAAAGGUAAAAAAGGAAAGAAAGGGGGAAAGGGUGAUAAAGAGGAUGGGGCACCCGAAGCAACAAAAGUUGGUACUCCUGAACCUUCUGAAAAAGAACUGCUUUUGCAACAAGAACUUGAAAAAGUGACUGCUGAAUUACAGAAUUCCAAGAAGAGAGUUGAAGAUUUACGUAAGGAAAAUGAAUGGCUGCAGCAAGAAGGCAGUCGGGUCAGAGUUGAAAGUCAUGAAUACAUGAGCUACAUGGAGAAGAAGACGACAAAGCGUAAAACAACCAUCAUUACACUGAGCGACCACAACAAAGAGGAGAUCAGGAACAUCGAGUUACAGAAAUACAACAUGGAGGAGGAUUUCAACCAAAAGAAGCAAGCACUUGAAAACUUGCUAUUUGAAAAGCAAAACCUCCUGAAAAAAACAACAGAAGAAUUGUCAGAGCUUCAAGAAUACAAGGAUUUACAAACUGACCAGUUAGAUAAAAUAAAAGAGUUGGAAAAGGAAGUUAUGAUCAUGAGAUCCAAACAUUCUGAUACAAUCCAACAACUCAAGUCCACAUUCCUUUCAGAGAAGAGGGAAUACCAACAAGAUUCGGAAAGCAGGAUAGCAGCCUUAGAAAAACUGGCAAACAAGGAAGCUAGCCAGUGUCUGUCAGACCACACCAACAGGAUCAAACAAGAAAACAGACAGUUACGGAAGGAGUUACAAGAACUUAUUCACAUGACACGUGUCUACCAGGCUCACCAGCGGGAUCUGGAGGAGCAGAGGAAACAACUGCUGAGGGAACAGCAAUAUGCAAAUGACCUUAAAAAACUUAGAAGCACACGGCAACACAAGGUGCUUAAAGCGUUUGAUAUGUUGGAUGGUGGUGAGGGCGAUGGACUCCAAGAGGCAGGAAGAUGAAGAUAUAUAUAUAUAUUCAUAUAUAUAUACAAAUAUUUGACUGGCAUUCGCACCAGAAAGUCAUGGAAAACAGCUGUUCUUGCAUGUGUUUUAUCAAGCCUGAAAAUGAGUGAAGCCAAUUUUUGACUAGUAGUGUGAACUAGCAUUUGAAGGCAUUGUCCACCAGUAACAUUUUGUGUUUUUGUUGCAUCCAUUUCUCAAUGUUACAGGACACAUUUGUAAAAUUAAGGAAAAGCUAUUUCCUUGUAAACAGAUUAAAUUGUGAGACUGAUCUCUCCAAUACCUGACUAUUUGUACCUGAUACUUUAAUAAAGUGUAUUUUAUUCUCA